ACAUUACACAAGUGUAUUAUUGCUUGUGUAAACACUUUAUAUUGAAAUUAGUUAACUUAUUUUUGUUGCAAAUUUCUUCAAAUAAACCACUUUSACGCACAUUUAAACUAUUGCAAAUCCUUAUCACUCUAUUUUGUCCCCUUGACGCUCCGCCUAAGUAUGUCGUUACCAUAACCUCAAACCAUGCUUAAGUUAGUAAAAGUGUGGCAAAUCGGCCGUUUAAGCUACACAAAAGGCUUAAAAUUACAAAAACAUCUCGUCCACCUACACCAUGAAAARUCCGUACUUGCAAACACGCUUUUGUGUCUAGAGCAUCCCCCUGUCUACACCACUGGAAUUCGCACCAAGGAGUACCCCCAAGCUGUAGCACAAGAAUUAGAGGCUUUAGGAGCGGAGUUCCACAGGACAGACAGAGGCGGAUUGAUUACUUUUCAUGGCCCCGGCCAAUUAGUUGUUUACCCUAUCCUCAAUUUGAAAGAUUUCAAGCCGAGUAUGAGGUGGUAUGUGUGCCAUAUUGAGAAAACUGUGAUACGGUUGUGUAGGAAAAUGGGAAUUGAGGCGGAGACUUCACCACAUACAGGGGUCUGGGUCAAUGAUAAUAAGAUUUGUGCCAUUGGGGUACAUGGGAGUCGAUUUGUGACCUCACAUGGCCUUGCUCUUAAUUGUUGCAAUGAUUUGAAAUGGUUUGACCAUAUUGUACCAUGUGGCAUUGAGGGUAAAGGUGUGACGAGUCUAUCCAAAGAAUUAAAUAGGCAUGUGACUGUGGAAGAAGUAGUUCCUYUGUUUUUGRACAGUUUUUCCGAAACUUUUUCAUGCAAUUAUGUAAAUUUUCCUAAACAUGAAUGUGAUAGCAUUUUAGCAAAAAUUAUUUAAUAAAAUUUUUAUUGGU